AUGGGCUCUGUUCAAGACAACUUUUUGAGCAUGCCCCGCCAGCCGAAUGGCGGGUUGAAACGAUCGAGGUGUCCGAUAAACGAGGAGCAGCAGACCAUUCGUCGACCUUUCGACCUGUUUCCAAAUGACAAACUUAAUGAAGAAAGUUACGAAUCAAAACGCCCAAAAACAGUCGUGUUGAUAGAUGACAGUGAAGACGAAACCACGCACUCUCACCCCAGAAACCCUCCAGUCGAUCGCGAACAGGGAUGGGCAUCUCCAAGCACCACCUUAUCGCUGUUUAUGGGGAUACCUGAAGUCAGUCAAGUGGGUCUGACCUCUGACAAUCUUCACAAGCCAUGGGGAGAGGUUGACCAGUACAAAUUACCUGUUCCUAAUGGGCUGGUCGAUGAUGAUGAUCUUAGAAAGUUUCUUGACCGAUAUGCACUGCCUAGCUGUGCUCACGGUGUUGACCUUUCGGGCGAUGGUUCCGAAUAUUCUAAUACAGUUCCAGAGUUUGGGAGAGAAGAGAUCAUCGGUUCAAGUACGACAGCUGGCAGCCCAACUGAAGACGCUUCCAAUUCUCGAACCAAUGCAUGGUCCCAAGGGAAAGGGAAAAAGUCCCUCUGGGAAGACUACCCUUUCCAGUUGCUAGAUUGGGUUCCAUCCAAAAUUGACCAACAAGCUGCUGUGGCUACCCAUUACAUGGCCAAAGAAUUUGAAUCAGCACUCCCAGAAAUACCCGCAAGGGCUGCAAUACUCAAUAUGAACACUGCUCAUAAGAUAUUUCUACCAUUUGUGUACAAGUUAAUGAUGAAACCACUUACAAGACGCAAAAACCAGAUCUUGUGGUUCACCUUUUUCAUAUCAAAGCUACCUAAAUCUUGGAUCCUAUUUGGUUCAGAAUAUUAA